AUGACUGACCAAAUUCGAUCCCUAUCGCCCUUUGGGCACACUGAUUCUUUGCUAUCCUCAUCACACGACGGGGGAGACGGUGGUAUUGAGACCCCUGAGGGUCGAAAGCUCAGCGACACCCCGAAAUUUCGCGUGGUCCGCAACUACGAGGCAGUAGCCCCUUCGCCAAAGAGCUCUGAUAUCGGGGAAGUGAAGCUGGGAUAUGACGAAAGACGUACCCAGGAACGCUGGCUGGAAAAUGCCUUCCCGGAGGCGGUGCUUGGGAAUCCCGUCUAUCCGGACCUGUUGAAAGAGGCGGCGUACGAUCUGACACUCACUGGCGACAUCCCAUCCUACAACCCGCAAGUGGUGGCCGGUGAAAUUACGGAUGUCAGUGUUUCGCUACAAUCGAUAAAGCCCGUGCCAGUUUUGGCCAUGUCGACAGGAGAAGGCGGUCAGAUUCUACGCGUCCUCCGGCUAACGAAUUCGCCCUGGACCUGGGAGCCAGAAGACGACAUGACUCUCAACAUGUGGGAUUUGAAACCAGGAGACCAGGAGGACGAAUCGUACUGGUGUAGGGACGCAACGCCGAUUACCCACAUCAAGUUCGCUCAUCAUGUAACUCGGACAGGCGCCCUACGCUGGUUGAUUGUCCAAAAGGAGACCUCGACGACGAUUCUGAGUCCGAAUUAUCAUGCGGUGCCUGUGGCAUACAAAGAUGCUGCUCUUGAGGAGCUGCCCGCCUCUCGGAUUGAUCCUAACCCCAUCUUAACGCUCUCCCUCGACCACACUAAAGGUCGCGCGCAUACCGAUAUCUCCUUCAACCCCCCCACGUCUACUUCGCUACCUCAAAUUGCAAUUAUCGACAAUCGUGGCUAUUGGAGCAUUUGGAACAUCAAAACCACGCUCGUUUCGAGUAGGCAAGAGCCUAGAGCUACUCUAUAUAAACGUGGGUGUCCAUCGUGGGACACUUUCCCUCUUCGCUCUGACUUUGGCAUCCUCUGGUAUCACCCGCCGCCUUCAGAGGAAUGGGACUUUGCACAACAGUCGGAAAGCCACCUCACAGACAAUAUUGGUAUAGACGGUGUCGUUUCCGUGACACGGUCUACCACGCUAUUGAUGUGGAACCGUACCACUAUCCAACUUCUAGAUACCAAGACCGGCAUUAUCUUUUCAAUCGUUCCAAUCACGGCACGCUCACCUAGCCAAGAAAAAAUCUUGAGAGUAGUACCGAACCCUGCGGACCCCAGUCACGCUUUUGUUCUCACUACCACUUCUUUGAUCUGCCUCGAUAUUUGUCCAUCAGGAGAAGUAGCUCGCGAGGUGGAACCUGAAAUUAUCCGGUCAUUACACCAUGAGCAUCCCGGUGACCGCACGCUUCAGCUCUCCGCGACUUGUAUGCCUACUGUCGGUGAUGGCGGGAACAUUAUGAUUGCUAUCUUUUCCAGCAGGACACCGCGACUGAGCAUCUUCUGGCUCCACGAGACACCCGAUGCAUCUAGCCCGGGGCAGUUUUCGUAUCAACUGCAGCACCUUCGUGGAGAAGACAGCACGGAGCUUGACGAUCUUCGCACUCUCACAGUGCUGCCUCUUGCCACUUCGAGAAAGAAAACAAAGAUCAGUUCCGAGAGGGAAUCGCUAUUCGAUGACUCCGAGGUCCAGUUCCAUCAAGUCCUGUCUUUCGGAAGACGGCAGAGCUUGGGUUACUGGGUCUGCGUGACUGUCAACGGCAGCCUAGAUGAGAUCCCAGCACCCAUGACCCGGCCUGAGAAAUGGCAGAACACACAGCAAGCUAGCCUCGCUAAAAGAAGGGUGAGGUACGUGAAUUACAUGGGAGAGAAAUUUGUGGUGCCCGAUGCUAUGGUAAUACCCGAGAUAUUCGUGCAGCCGGAUGCAGAACUUGUCGGAGGCGUACUUGAGUUUGAGCCGUUGCCAGCCAUUACUCGGAAGGCUAUCAUUAAGAGAGAUAUCCGCUCCGAGCUAUUCCUGGAAGCUUACAGCUCUGAGAUAUGGGAGUGCGGACGGCAACUACGCCUUCGGUCCCUCAGCGCUCUCCGUCACGUUAUUAGCACGGCUACGGCGACCGGCGAUGUCCCGACAAAAUCCGUGCUGGAGCACACAAAUGAGCUUUGGGAUCUCGAGGACGCCCAAGCGCUAGGGGAGGACCCUGCUUAUCUACAAAGCGAUGCCGAGUGGAUUGACGAACUCGACAACUUAGUGCGAUCCGGAAUAGGUAUUCUUACGCUCACCGACAACCAUCCUAACCCUCCAUGGCGAGCCGACGACAAUAUUAAGGAAAAGUUGUUCGCCAUGAAACGGUGGAUGGUGAAAAAGUGGCCGAUCCCUCAGGGUGACGAGUUGCGCGAGGCUGCAAAUAUGCGACAAGAGGUCUUGGAGCACCUAGCGCGGCUAGAGCUUCUCUCAUAUCAUCUCGUAGGCAUGGACGAGUCAUACCAACCUCACAUAGCCACAGACUCCUCUAUCCCACCCUCUUCUAUAGCCGUCCCCAGCUCCUCGCAGGACCUACCAUCUGAAUGGUCCCGCCCCAUUUUCUCCCAGGAAGUAAUGUCCCAAGGAUUCCUCUCCUCAAGUAAACGCCGCGAAAAGUCCGCCUCCCCCCAAAGAGAAGACAGCAGCGCCGCCAUCCGCCGCCUCGCCCACCUCGCGGCCUCUAUCGACCCGGACACCAAGCUCGCCAAAAAGCCCCAGCACUCCGUCCUCUCCCGAUGGGAAGAGGCAGGCCAAGAAGACUACAUCCCCUUCAUCCAGAUAGGCGCCGCCGAGAGAGAAGGGCAACUCCGCAGGAGGCAGGAAAAAGCGGCCGAGAGGCGCCGCGCGAAGGAGGAAAAGUACAGCCGGCUCGUGGGACGCAGCGAUGCCAGCCAGGUUCCGGCCUCGUCGCAGAUGCUGCCGCCGUUACUCGCGCAGACGCAGGUGCCGCAGUCGUCGCAGGCGGCGCCGCCUAUUUUUAGCCAGGCUACGAUUCCGUUUCGGCCGAGGGAGGGGGAGGCGUCGAGUAGCCAGGUGGGUGGGCUGGGGUUGGGGUUGGGGUUUACGAUGUCGCAGCCUGUUAGUGGUGCGUUUGGGCAGCGGAGGCUGGCAAAGAAGAAGAAGAAGAAGGGCGGAAUUAAGUGA